UUGACACGUUAUUAUUAAUAAUCAUUCUUUUUGGCGAAAACUGUCUUAUUUUGUGGAAAAAGGGCGCCCCCCUGCGGCCGCAAGGAAACCCGAGCCGGAUGUGCAAUUUGAACUACAGCUCGGCGGACCGCGUUGGAUGCCUGGCUGUUAAAGAGAUGAGCGGAGACAACGUUAAGUUGUUUGUGGGCAACCUUCCUUUAGACGCGACACAAGACGAAAUCAACAAACUCUUUGCUCCCUAUGGCGAGAUCAACACCUGCUCCUUGCUCAGACAGUAUGCCUUCGUCACCCUGAAAGGAGAGGGAGCUGCCGACAGGGCCAUACGGCAUCUCGACGGCAAGGAGUACAGAGGCAGGCCCCUUGUGGUGGAGGAAUCACGGGCACGUCCUCCCAAUUCCACCAAAGUGUUUGUGGGGAACCUGAGUGCGACGUGUUCUGCAGAUGACUUGCACAGCCUCUUUUCAACUUUUGGGAGAGUUUUAGACUGUGAUAAAGUCAAAGCCCGAUUAUGUUCAAAUGUGGGCUACGCUUUUGUGCAUAUGGAAAGGAAAGAGGAGGCUAUGGCAGCUAUCGACUCCCUCAACGGGACCAUUUUCAAGGGCCGUCAGCUGGCUGUAGAGCUCUCCAAAGCGCAACCUUUGGUCAACCAGCUCAUGACAACUGGAGGGGGUAGAGAAGGUCUGCUUCCUCGGCCAGCUGGCUCGUUGGAGCAUCACCAGAGUCACGCUGCCGUACUCGCAGCAGCAGCAGCGGCUGCUGCCGGACUUCCAAUACAAGUUCAGCAAAGCGUCCACAACUCAUUUUAUAACACCACGUCCUUUGAUCCUACUUACGCCGCUUUGAGAGGCAUUACAAGUUCUAAAGGCGCCGAUGGGGUCAUAUAUGGUGCUCUGGCCAGCCAGGUUUAUGGAUCUGUCGCUGAUCAGGUGUACCAGGACAUGACUAAUCACACCGCUGUGCCCUCCGCUGAGGAUUACGAGCCUCAGAACACGCCGGAUCCAACAACGCUUUUUGAGGCCGCAAGAGCCAAGUUCUUCCAGGAGGGACAGAAGGUUCUGGCCGAGCAGCAAGCAGGGAGAAAAACAACAGCAGCAUCAAAUUCCACCACGUCAACGUUGACGAACACGUCACCUUCAGAAACGGACAGGGACCGCAGCCCGAUCAGAGGGACCCGGGCGCCCUUGCUUCCUGACCCGUCUCCAGGUUCCUUCACACAGAAUCGUGCCAAACGCCGGGCUCUCCUGCCGACGCCGCCCGGGAUACCUGAAGACCCUUCUGCUGUAACUGCUGAAGGAGCCGAUCCUAUGGCUAGAUCCUAUUCAGAAUACUACCAGCAGAUGCAUCAAUACCAACAGUACCAGACCCAGCACCAGUACCAAUACCUCCAGUAUGCCUACAACAAUCCUCCGCCCCCUCCUCCCCCGUCCUCAACAGAUGCCACCACCUCCGCCCCACCGCCCCCCGGGACAUACACGGCGUCAUCGUCCUACCCUGCCACCCAGGACUACGGACCCCCAGGCACCUACGAACCCCCCGGCAGUUACAACGCGUCGUCACAGAACUACUCCGGCAACUACGACGCCUCGGCCGCCUAUGAUUCAUCGGGAGGCUACAGGGCGGCGGGAGCGUACGAUACACCCGGAGCUUAUGCAGCAGCGGGAAGCUACUCCGCGACCACACCGUAUGAGCAGACACCCGCACACGGGCAACCCACGCCCCAGCGCAAUGAUUACCCUUACAACACGCCAGAACCUCCUUACCGAUAGUCCCGCCCACCCUUUACACACACACACACACACACACACACACACACCCCAAACUGCAAAUGUGAGAGUACAGGAGUUUGGUUAAUUAAGUGACCGCAAUGCGAAGGGAAAAAUAAGGCAGGCAGCAAGGUCAUAAUUUUGAAUGAAGCAUUUUGGUGCACUGCAUCUCCAUCCGACUGGAAUUUGUUCCACAUAACAAUGAAUAUUCCAAUUUUACAAGAAGUACAAUUGUUGAGCUGUUGAAGAGUUGUUUUGUUGAAGAUAAUAGUCACAGGGUUCAGGAUUAAUCUCGCAGUUGGAAUUAGCAGGCACGAAUUCAGUCUGUGUUCGAAACAAUGUUGACAGGACAACGACUAUUUUCUGUGUAUGUAGGCUAUUUACUUAAUUUUGUAAAGGCGUAUUCAAGCAUUUUUUUGGUUUAUGCCACCUGUAGGCAUUCCCAUUUGGCCCCUGUUUAGAGAGUAUGAUUUGGGUAAUUUCAACAGGAUUUUAUGAGAUAGAUUUGGCAAGUUGGAUGACACUAUUAUACAGUAUUUACAAUAGUUAUGAGGAGAAACUCAAGAAUUGUGACUGACCAGUGGAGACGAAUCUUGGCAUUGGAGGGUCUCUAUCUUGAUACUCCAAAGAUCAGUCAACCCACACAAAGCUUGCUUUCUUUUCUUCCUGUUGCAGUCCCAGCAUUAACUGUAAUAAGUUCGUUGAGUAAAUAUGUAACCACAUUUUAGGUUAUUUCCCCAGGUUACAGUCUUAUUUUUAGUAUUUACUCUAUAGGUGAUUCUUAAAGCCAGUGAGCUCAGUGUUGCAACAAUCCAAAGGCACUCUAUUGAAUGUGUUGUCUUGGCAACUUUUCAUACAUUUGAGACUUUUCAAAUCAGACAAGUUGUCAGCUGACAUUCUACAGUAAUAUUGACAAUUGAGAAAUAUUAAAUGGAGCUUGGUGGGAGAAAUGUAUUGAGGUGAAGGGUUUGUGUAGAAGCAGCUGAAAGGUUUGUGGCAAAUGGUAGUGUUGCGCAGAAUGAAUUGGAAAGGGAGGUGAGAAAUAUCAGUAGACACUUUGAAUGGUGUCCCUUCAGUUCUGAGCAGAACCAUUCAACAAUCUAUAGCGCUUGGUCGCCCUUUGCCGUCUGGAAAAGCACACAAACACCUGGAUGUAAUUUUAUAUUUGGCUCCAUUACCUUUCACACAUAGUGACAAUCCACAUAUUGAGCUUCACUCGUUGCUUACUACUCGAACUAUCGUCACGCACAGACACCACAAUAUUCCAGCUUCUCCAUGUAAACUUGUUAGUUGCAUGCCAUGUUGUUGCUGCUGCUCCAAGCCACCUUCUUCCUCUUGCUGAUUAUUGCAGCUAGAGUGGGAGGGAGCCAAACUCUGAGCCCUUGCCCUGGACGUACACCACGCGCCGCUGUAGCGCGGGACGGGGGAAAACGGCAGCGUUAGGCCCCCCCCGAAAACCGCUGUGGACGAUGGGGGGUGGCCCCCCGCUAAGGUAAACACUCAGACCACACACUCCUGCCCCGGCCUCUCCAGAAAAAAUAACACGUGUCACAGUUUGCAGACAUUCUGACGCACACACGCCAACGUCCCAACCUGUUUUCAGGUUUCAUCUUUUUUGGACUUUUUUUUUUUUCCCCCCCCCGAAAAUUUCCUUUUCUUUUUUUUUCCACCACUUCUGCCGAAAAUCUUGCUCAUACAUUCCUGCCCCUGAAGACCAUACGUGUGAUCUUUGAAGAUGAUAUCGAAGCAGGCGUAUCUGUCGCGCCGAGAGCUGAGGGGUAGGUCACUUUAGGAUGAUCUUUGUUUUUUUUCUACACUGUGGCCACUUUAGGGUUAAGUGCCUUGCUUUGACGAUAACACCGCUAGGCCCUCCAUUUCAGGGGCUGACAAAGCUGGCGCAGGAUCAGUUGCUGGUUCAACGCUCAAAACUCACCUCCUCAUUGUCCUCCUAAAUUCACACCACAAUGAUUUUCAAUGCCACUCUCAACAUGUAAGACAGAAAAUCUCAUUUUGUUUUAAAUGACAUUUUGUUCGAUGUACUUUUGAAAUGGUUAAUUAUCAAUAAAUAAAAA